GGAGUUUUGUAAACAAUUUGCAGAUAAUAUUCGCCUGGGCGGAACUCUUGAUUCGUUAUGUUUCAACACGGUAACAAAACAGUCGCACAAGAAGGAAACAUGUCAAGUUUAGUUUCUUUUUAGCGUUUCGGAUGUUCGUUAAAUUAUUAAAAGAGCACAGCACAAUAUAACUGUAGUGUUACGUCAGCUCGUCCCUGAGUGUGCGCGCGCGCUUUAGCAGUAGUGUCUGUUUCGAGUUUGGAGAAUAGCUAGAAAUUACAGCUUUGAUAGAUUAUUAAUAAUGUCCAAACCUGCAGUUCCUCUUCGAAUUCUCUGUAUUCACGGUUAUCGACAGAAUGGGAGCUCUUUUAGAGAGAAGACAGGAGCAUUACGCAAAAUAUUAAAGAAACAAGUGGAGUUGGUGUAUAUUAGCGCACCACACCAAGUUCCUGCCAUUCAAAACCAAACCAAUCAGCAGCCUGAGAAGACGGCCAAUGGUGGUGAUGAGGAUCAGAGGGGCUGGUGGUUCUCUGAUGUCCAGGCACGAAGUUUCAAUGCUCAGCAGGAGUGUGAGAGCAGCCUGGGUCUGGAAGAGAGUGUAGAGACUGUGAAAACUGCAAUGAAGGAUCUUGGCCCUUUCGAUGGCAUCCUGGGCUUUAGUCAAGGUGCCGCCCUGGUGGCUAUGCUGUGUGCCCUGCAAGAACAAAAACUAGAAGCUGCUUUUAAUUUCCGCUUUGCCAUCCUGGUUGCCGGAUUCCACAGUGCCUGUUCCCAGCAUCGGCGCUUUUAUGACGGGCCGGUGAUAACAGUCCCCUCUCUGCAUGUGUUUGGACAGGAUGACCGUGUAAUUCCAGAGGAGAUGAGCCGAGAUCUGCUGCCAGUGUUUGAUGGAGCUCAAAUCCUCAUUCAUCCCGGUGGACACUUUGUUCCAGCGGCAUCUUCGCACAGGCAGACAUACCAAGACUUCCUCAAGAAGUUUCAGUGAGAUGAUAAAAGAGUAUCUGAGAGUUUAAUCAGGUCUACAUUACCACUUGAAAUAUUGCUACAUUAUAAAAGCCUUGGAAAUUGAACGGUCAAUAAAAAGAUGUUUUACACUGUUCUCAGGGAAAUGGUUACUUGAAUAAAGACUUCACACAAGUAUGCAGUGCGGAGUCUAUCUGAAGGAUAUUUUGGCGUUCAAAACAAGCUAGGCUCUGUUGCAUGGUGUAAAAAUAAUAUUCAUAUAAUACCUACCUAUUCUAUUUCUAUUCUAACUACUUGUUUUUUUGUUUUGUUUUUUUAAAUUAGGAUUCUCUAUUCUUUUGACUUUUCUUUUUGUUUAUUUAAAAAAAUAAAAAUGACCCUCUAACACUAGCUUUCUCUAUUCUUUUUCUAUUGACUUUUAUUUUUUAUUUUUCCAAAGUUGACCUUCUAACACUAGUGUUCGCUAUUAUUUUUCUAUUCUAUCUACUUGUUUUCUUUUUAUUUAUUAUAAAAAACAAACUUGCUACGUCUGCUGCAUUAGACAAACCAAGACAUGUCACGGCACUUACAUAUUAUUGCUAUUUUGUUGGUUUUUAUAACUUCUAUUGUCCUCAUUAAAAGCAUCUGCUAAAUGACUAAAUGUAAUAAAUGAUUAGAUAUUAAAUAUAACAUUGAAUAUAAUAUAUUUGUACUUGGAGUUUAAGUAGCAUUGUAAAAAAUGUAUUACAGAAUUGCUUUUUUAAGUAAAAAGUUUUUAAACCUUUAGACAAAAAAAAUAUAAACAAAGAAAGUUUAAAGUUUUUGUAGAGUAUCAUAUUUGAUACUUGAGUAGGGGGGAAAAAACAGUUUCAGAGGCCCAAAAUGAGCAAAAAUAUGCCAUUUGGUGCAGUUGCUGGUAUUUAUAUGGCCAAAUUAAUAGUAUAAGUAGACUCAUUUAAAAUGCAUUUAAACUCCAGUUGUCAGUCUAUAUAAAAUGUCUUAGUAAGAUGAUACUUAAAUACUUAGUUUUAUUAUCAAGACUAGUUUAUAUUUCUGGGGUCAAAACAUAGAAUGCAAUGCAAUACAAUGAUGACAGAAAUACAAAUAAACGUUCAUCAAAAGCCUGGUGUAUUGAAUUUAAUACAUUUUAACGUGUUAACAUGAUGUUGAUAUAAUAUAUAAAAGUGCUUAUAUUAAUUAUUGUAUACAAAAAGGUGUGUUAGUGGAGCUGUUAAGUCCUUAGGUCGUUGGAAUACUGUUCUGGGGGAUGAACUUGAUGUAAUUCAUGUGGGUGGAUUUUCUGAGUAAUAUGAGUUUAGUGCAGACAUCUGCAGUACCUCCGGUCUCCAGUGGGGGCGUUAGUGAGUGCCUUUCCCCUGCAGCUGUUUAUCAUUUUGAUUUCUCUGUCAGUGUCUGUGUGUGCUUGUGUGCGCGCUCACAGGCAGAUUGGGAACUCUGUGUUCUCGUGUAGCUUAAAGGGAGUUUGGCGGCCCAGGAUUGCAUUCGUGAUGACUUCCAGAUGUUUGUGGGAAGCACUCCUCUAGUCUCACUCAUUCUUUCCAAUGUAGCCAGAGCGUCCCCUCACCUCACCUUCCCUUGCCUUUAAAUGACCUGAUCGCUCACUUUUUUCCCACUCUCCCUGGCAACAUCCUUCUCUUAUUCUUGUAAAUGGCAAU